AUGCUGGCAGUGGACGCUCUGUUCCUCUUCAUUGGCAUCGUCUACGGCUCACGAGUAUUAACACCCAGGCCCAUGACUUAUUUAUCCGAGAUUGCCUACCCUACGGACUUCUGCGGGAAAAUGGCAGCGUCGUUCACACUGUUCUUACUGAACGGGCUGCGCUGGCUGUACCAAGAGGUUUUCUGUUCCUGGCUGUUGCUCCAUCAACCGUUCGGCCAGGACCAGCAGAAUGUUAUAGCGAUGAUGGAGACACUGGUUUGGGGCACAUCGUCGAGCAUUUUAUGGAUGGAAUAUCGGCGUGGUAUGACGCCGUCACUGUAUUUGCGGCUGUUCUGGAUCAUCAAGUGGCUAGAUGUCACCUUAGUUCUGGUCAUGAAUGGAACGUUUAGUGGAGUUUCAAAUGUGGACAACGAGGGUGCGUCUUCGUAUAUCAUCAGUAUGGUGUUCGGUGGUGUAUGCUAUGCUGCGUCUGCCAUCCUCGUACUCUUCAUGUUUGUAAGACCUACCACUGUCAGCCCUGAAUUUAUCGCGUUCCCAAUCGAGGUGACCACUCCGUCAGCUUAUUUCAACUCGACACACCAUCAACCACCCACCUCACUGUACGGAUCCUUCAAGGACUGGGAACUCGUGGCACAUCCAUCUUCAUCCAAGAGUCUCGAGGAAAAACCAAUGCUUGACAUCACGAUCCCAGCCACCACGUCUUCAAUUUGGGGCAACCGACAGUUCGUUUCCUUCAAGAUCGUUGUGCAAACGGAUGAAGAUCACUGGAGUCUACGUCGACCGUAUAGUGACUUCGCUGCUCUCCACGAAGAGCUUCCGGAAGAAGUUGGUGCGGAUUGUCCAUUGCCACCAGAGGAGGUCGACGACAGAAAACUGAUCUCGUGGAAGGAACGCCCUCGGUCUCUGAAGUCACGCCUUGAAAAAUAUCUGAAGCAGGUGUUACACCACCCAAAACUAGCACCGUACGCGUCUCAAGCGCUAUGCGAGUUCCUCGAGAUGGUAUAUAGAUACCUUACUUUUUCGGUGCUGUGUUGA